AUGGCUGUCCUACACUGUGCCAUUUUGGUGCUGUUAUGUGUUUUUGACACAGCCACUGUUGUGGCUGACUUUGACUACGGUGGUGUUCCUCUGUGGAUCAACCGCUUGGUUGGUGAGCCCAGUGUGCUGAGCAUGCAUGACCGGAUGGACUCAUCUUGGUUCAGAGCCAACAACCCCCAGGCCUGUCCUCAACAGUGUGACUGCCCUAUCCAGUGGCCCACAGCACUGUACUGUGACCACAGAGGUCUGGCACACAUGCCUGACCACCUGCCGGUCACAACUCAAUACCUGUUUCUACAGAGCAACAACAUCUCGUCCCUGUUUUCUUCUUCGUUGGCCAACAUCACAGGGCUCCGCUGGCUCAUCCUGGACCACAACCAGCUGCAAAGUGACAAACUGGACCAGGCCACUCUGAAAAACCAGACCCAGCUGUGCUAUUUGUUUGCCAACCACAACCUCCUGAGUUCAGUGCCCAGCAAUCUGCCAGCUGGACUCAGACAGCUGCGACUGGCCUACAACCAAAUCAGCAGCAUCAGCCCUGGAGCUCUCCAGAACUUACAUAACCUGACACUGCUGCUGCUGCAGGGAAACAGGUUGCAAACCAUAACUGAGGGAGAUGUCAAAGGUCUCCUCAGUCUGAGCCAUUUGGACCUCAGUGGGAAUUUGUUUUCAUCUGUCCCUGGGCAUUUACCCCCCUCUGUGCAGCAGCUCUAUCUGUCCAAUAAUUCCCUCUCCAGGCUGGAUGAGGACAGUUUUGUAGGAUUCCUCAACCUUAAGUACCUUCGUCUAAAUCACUGUGGCCUGCAGAGCCACAGCAUCCACCCAGAGGUCUUCAACUUCUCCAGUUUGGUGGAACUGGACCUUUCUCAUAACAAACUUACAACUACCCCAACAGUCCCCACCACCCUGCAGUACCUCUACCUGGAGGCCAAUAAAAUACAAGAGUUCAACAUGACUAGUUUCUGCAGAGAGGUGGGACCUCUGUCCUACUCCAGGUUGAAGAUCCUACGUCUGGAUGGAAACAAGAUAUCCCACCAACAUCUACCCACUGACUGGGUCUUCUGUCUGAGAGUUCUUCAUAGUAUUUACAUCUGA